UAUUAUAACUGGAGCAACAAAAUCUCAAUAAAUAAAUCAUCGAAUGACGACCAACAAAAGAGAAUUUUCCCCAUCGAAGACCGGAAAUUCCACCUACUGCAAGAUCGUCUCCAAUAAGACUACGCUCUCUCUCUCUGCGCCUACACACCCUCUAAUUCUCUGUGAUUUUCUGAAUAGGCAAAUAUUAACAUUUUCGUCCGCUUAAGAUCAUAUUUUGGGAGAAUGGCUGAUGACGAUGAUUUCACCUUUUGUCCUGCUGGACCACCUCUGGAUGGUGCUGCAACUGACAAAGCUAUUGAUGCUGUUAGUCAGAUUCAUAUAGAUGAUAGCAAUGGGAAUACAGCUGAUAGGAGUAGUAAGCAGAAUAGUGGUGGUACCAUAUGGAAAGUGAAUGCUUCCUCGCAGAAGCAGGAAACUGUUGGCUCUCUCUCUUUUAAUGUGAUUGAUGCUUCAACUCGUGGAGCAGUAGACCAACGGCCCAAACAACCAAUACAAGAGGAUUCUGGAAGUUCAGCUAAGGCUUCAGUGGCACUGAAGGCUCCUCCAAAGAAGCCUGCAACCCGUACUAAGGUUCCUUUUGAGAAGGGAUAUAGUCAGAUGGACUGGCUUAAGCUUACCAGAACACACCCCGACUUGGCAGGAUUGAAGGGACAGUCAAAUAAGAGACUCAUAUCACUAAAUGAAGUUAAACAACAUCAGUCCGAAGGCUCCAUGUGGACUGUUCUAAAAGGUCGUGUCUACAAUAUUGCUCCGUAUUUGAAGUUCCAUCCUGGAGGUUUGGAUAUCCUGAUGAAGGCUGUUGGAAAAGAUUGCACAUCUUUAUUCAAUAAAUAUCAUGCUUGGGUUAAUGCUGAGUUUUUAUUGGAGAAAUGCCUAGUUGGUAUUUUGGACGAAGGCAAAUGAAGAUGCUCAGAUUUUCACAAAUAAAAGUUUCAAUUUUCUGUACACAUUCCGAUCGCACCAUCUCUUAUUUUCCCCCUGGAAGUUUUGGAAGAAAGAUACAGGACAUCGGAUUUGGUAUCAUAUGUUUUUCAGACUUAAAGGCGGAGUAUUUAUUUGAAGACCUAAGUUUCAAGAACUGACAAGUGAUGUAUUUUGCUAAGUUCCAAUGGAGCAAUAGAUAAUGUAUAAACAGAAAGAAAAAAUGAAAUAAAGGAGGAACAUAUAUCAGUCUCUGCAAGCUUUGGCCAAGAUGUAGAAUAGAAUCUUAAUGGUGACUGAAUUCAACUUCUAUGUUCUAUUUUGUUUCUAACAUAUGACAAUCAGCCAGGUUGAUUUGUAUUUAUAUUCUUUUCCCAUGUGGUUCUUCACCUAUGAUUGUGUAGAUGGUUUUUAAAUUCA